AUGAGAAAAGGAAAGAAAACUCUUUAAGUUGAAGAGAAUGGUAUUCGUUCUAUUGUUAAUUAAAAUAAAUAAAGUAUAUCAGAUACUAUCUAUGAAAAAUUGUCAUACUGCAUUAACUCAGGUUAAAAUAUUACUCCUAAUUAAUUUGCCAGAAAAUGGUUAACUUACAAUUCAACAUUUCGUACAGAUAAUAUUUUGGCUGGUUAAAUUGAUUAAACUUAGAAAGUAAGUUAUGAUGUAAGAAAUUAAAAUUACAAUUACCAUUUAAUGAAUGCUAACUUGUUGAAAAGUAAUAAUUGGAAUUACAAGAUUAUGAGUAACUCUAUAUAAUUAAUAAUUAGCUAAAUUUGCAUAAAAUGCAUUAUAAAAGGAUGUAGACACUAUACAUUUGUUAGGUUAUAUGUAAACAAUUUUGUAAGGGUACUUUUCUUAAGUAGAUUAAUCUAUGAUUACAAAAGUUAUACAUUUUGAACAUUUAGGGCCUCUUUAAGCUUUUUUCUAUACAAAAACAGAUAAAAAUAUAAAUCUUUUCUGGGAAGUAGCAAUUGAUAAAAUUCCAAAGAUUGGACGAUAUUCUAAUAUUUAGUAAGAAUUAUUAGGUUAUGAUUAUAUACAUACUAUUACAUUCAUAGAUUGUAGAUAUGAUGCCAAUAUUGAUAAUAAUGCUGGAAAAAUUAUUACUUCUUAUUAUUAAGAUGUAUAACAUGCUAUCCAUAGAUAAGAUUAUUAAUCUGUAAUUACAUCUUCAAAUCAUUAUUAAAUUAAGAAAAAUAAGACUUCGGAAUAUCUAUUUUCAAUUGAAGCUAAUGAUUUAGGUAGUAUGCAUGGGGAAUUGGUAUAUAGAACAAGAUCAAAUGAAAUUAUUAAAUGGUUACCUCACUCAUUUCCUACUGUUUAUUUGACUAAAUAAGAACAAAAAUCAUUUAUUUAUGAUGAAUCACUAUAAAGAUGGGUUAGUAAAGAUUAUGAAAUUAUUUAAUAAGCUAAGAAAAUGAGAGAAUAUUAAGCUAAAAUUAAUAAAGAUUUAUUAAGAAGAUAUGCUGAUUUUUCAUCAGCAGCAAAACUUGUUGAAUUAUUGCAAAGAGUUCCUAAUUUUAAAAUAAAAUUAACAGAAGAAGAAUAAUAGGUUGUUGGAUCAGAUGGAAAUGUAAUGGUUAUUGGUAGAAGUGGAACUGGAAAGACAACAUGUUCAAUUUUAAGAUUAUUUGCAAUGGAAACAUUAUUUAAAUUAAGAUUAGAAUUAUAUAAAUAGAAACAUGAAAAUGUACUUUAAAAUUAUAAUUAUGAUGAUUAAGAAGUAAAUAAUAAUAUUGGAUUACAUUGUGUAUUUGCAACUGCUAGUCCUGUAUUGACUACAGAAGUAAAAAGAUAUUAUGGAAAAUUAACAGCAUAAAUUAAGGCUGAAUUAGAAAAGAAGAAAUAGAAAGACAGAUUAAAACGUUUAUAAGAAUAAUAAGAAGCUUAAAAAUAAUCAAUUGAUAAUUAAUUUAAUUAAAGUACAGUUUAAUUUGUAGAUGCUAAAUAGGAUGAAGAAAAAUAUUUUGAAUAAUAAAUUGGAGGAAUCUAAUUAUAAAAAGAGUAAGAAGGAUUUUAAGAAGAAUUAAAUGAAGAAGAUUGGGAAUAAGAGGAAGAAAAAUUAAAAUAAGAAUUAAAUGCAUUUCAUUCAUUUGCUGAUAUGAAAGAUUAAGAUUUUCCAGCUUUUCUUACAAUUAAAAAAUUAGUAUUAUUAAUUGAUGGAUCAUUAGCAAAACCCUUCUUUUCUCGUACUUAAGAUAAUAAAAUUGUUAGUUCUGAUACUCAUGCUUAAUGGAGUACUGAAAAAACUGGAGUCAUAUUUAUAAACACUUAUAAAAAAGAUGAUGAUUAGGAUAUUGAAUAUGAUGAAGAAGAUUAUGAAGCCUUAUUUGAAGAUGAUGAAUAAAAUGUUGAUGAUUUGGAUGAAUAAUAACUUGAAGAAGAAUAUUAAAGACAAUUAUACUUAAUGAAUAAACCUUAAUUAUAAGCUAAAGUUGAUAGUAGUAAAUCUAAACUCUCUUAAGAAGUUGAUUUUGACUUUUUUAUUGAUAACUUUUGGUAUAGCAAAAACAAUAAAUACUAAAAUAGUAAUUUAAAUCCAUCAUUUGUCUGGACUUAAAUAUACUCUCAUCUUAAAGGGGCUGCAGCUAGUCACACAUAUCCAGGACAUUAUUUACCAAAGAGAGUAUAUUUGAGAUUAAAUAAAAAUGAUCAACUUUUUGAAGAUAUCUUUGAAUGUUAUAUUUUAUAUGAAAGAUGGAAGAUUCAACAAGGAUAUUAUGAUUUUAUGGAUGUAGUUAAUCAUAUUCUUGUUUAAUUAGUCUAUGGAAGAUGUAAUCUUAUACCAAUACAUUAUCUUAUGAUUGAUGAAUGUCAAGAUUUACCUCAUGCUGUUUUACUUUUGUUAUGUAAAAUAACUGAAUAAGGUUUAUUUUUUAGUGGAGAUACAGCUUAAAAUAUUGCAAAGGGAGUUGGAUUUAGAUUCUAAGAUUUGAAAUCCCUUUUUAAAAAACCUGAAAUUUCAUACAAUGCUAAAUAAAAUGAUUUGACAAUCCAUUAACUUACAAUCAAUUUUAGAUCUCACAAUAAUAUUUUAUAAUUAGCAAAUAGUUUAGUAUCCAUAUUAGAGAUCUUCUUUCCAAAUACAAUUGAUAAAUUGAAAAAAGAGAGAUCAAAUAUAUCAGGUCCAAAACCAAUAUUAGUAAAUGGUGAUAAAGAAGCAUUGUUCUACUUAUUAUCAGGAGAAACUACAGAUCAAAAAUAAUAAGUGGGAGAGAGAUUACCUAUUGAAUUUGGUUGCAAUUAAGUUGUUUUAGUAAAAGAUCAAGAAUCAAAGAAACAUAUUCCUUCUAUCUUAUAACAUGCUUUAGUAUUAACUAUUUAUGAAGCAAAAGGAUUAGAAUUUGAUGAUGUUAUUUUAUAUAAUUUCUUUUAAGAUCAUUUCAUAGGAGAUAGUCAAUGGAAAUUGUUAUAGACAUGUGAUGUUGUGGAUGAGGAAAUUUCUAAAGAGAAAUUUAAGGAUGGUUGUACUUAGCAUUAGACUUUAAAUGAUGAAGCAACCAUUUUUACAGGUUUUGAGGAAAAGAAUGGAAAUAUUAUAAUGAAAAGAAUCAUAACAUAAAACAAAUAUUAUGAUGAAUUAACUUAUAAUUAUAGUGCUUUAUGUAAUGAGAUUAAAUAAUUGUAUGUUGCUGUAACAAGGCCUCGAUAAAGAUUAAUAAUAUAUGAUGAAAAUUUAUAGGCUAGAUAAUAAAUAUAAAAUAUUUGGUAAAAACUUAAUUUGGUUGAUCAUUUUGUUGGAACAAAAGAAGAGGAUAAAAAUGUUGAAAGAUUUGCAAAAUAAACCUCUAAGGAAGAAUGGAAAAAAUAAGGUUUGAAGAUGUUUAGGAAUAAGUAUUAUGAAUAAGCUGAAAAAUGUUUUGAAUAAUCAUAGGAUGAAUUAUUAUAAAUAAAAGCAAGAGCAUUCAAAUUUGCAACAGAAGGAAAUACACUUAUAUAAAAAUAUUCCUAAUAUUCUUCUAGUACUAUGAAAAAGAAGGAAAAAAAAUAGCUUUUAGCAUAAACAAAAUAAGAAUAGAAAUAAAAGUUUACUGAAUCAGCUUAACUUUUCUUAAAAUUACAGAAUUACAAAUAAGCAGCUUAAUGUUAUUAUUCUGGUGAAAUGUAUUAGGAAGCAUUAACCAUUUAUGUUGAAUAGUAAAUGUUUAAUGAGGCUGGAGAAGCAGCUUAUAAAUGUGAAAAGUAUUCUGAAUCAGCUGAAUAUUUCUUGAAAUCUCAUGAUUUUAUAAGAGCAGUAGAUGCUUACGAAAAAGCUGAGUCUUAUGAUGAUAUAUUUAAAGUACUUCAUUAAUUAAGAGAUAAUAUACCAGUUGAAACUAGAUCAGCUUUUCUAAAGAAAUAUUUGCCAAUUGUUUUAAAUAAGAUGACAAAUUAGAUUGGAUAACUUGAAUAAGUUUAGGAAUAGCAAACAAAAAAUCAAGAAAAGAAACCACUUGUUAUAGAGGAAAGUUCUGAUGAAGAAGAAGAUGAUGAAGAUGAAUAAGAAGUAAUUAAACCUUAAUCAGAAUAGAUUAAAAAUGAAGAGGUAAAUGAAUAAUAAUAAUAAUAAUAAUAAUAAUAAUAAUAAUAAUAAUAAUAAUAAUAAUAAUAAUAAUAAUAAUAAUAAUAAUAAUAAUAAUAAUAAUAAUAAUAAUAAUAAUAAUAAUAAUAAUAAUAAUAAUAAUAAUAAUAAUAAUAAUAAUAAUAAUAAUAAUAAUAAUAAUAAUAAUAAUAAUAAUAAUAAUAAUAAUAAUAAUAAUAAUAAUAAUAAUAAUAAUAAUAAUAAUAAUAAUAAUAAUAAUAAUAAUAAUAAUAAUAAUAAUAAUAAUAAUAAUAAUAAUAAUAAUAAUAAUAAUAAUAAUAAUAAUAAUAAUAAUAAUAAUAAUAAUAAUAAUAAUAAUAAUAAUAAUAAUAAUAAUAAUAAUAAUAAUAAUAAUAAUAAUAAUAAUAAUAAUAAUAAUAAUAAUAAUAAUAAUAAUAAUAAUAAUAAUAAUAAUAAUAAUAAUAAUAAUAAUAAUAAUAAUAAUAAUAAUAAUAAUAAUAAUAAUAAUAAUAAUAAUAAUAAUAAUAAUAAUAAUAAUAAUAAUAAUAAUAAUAAUAAUAAUAAUAAUAAUAAUAAUAAUAAUAAUAAUAAUAAUAAUAAUAAUAAUAAUAAUAAUAAUAAUAAUAAUAAUAAUAAUAAUAAAUACUUUAAUAAAGUGAAGAAUAAUAAUAAGAAAAAAUUAUUGAGUUAAGUAGUUUAUUAAUAAAAUCACUUCCUGAUUAAUCAUAACCAUCUAUUUUAGUUAAAUAAGAAAGUAUGAAUAAUAAUUCUGAAGAUUCUUAAUCAUUUUCUGUAUAAAAUACUGAAAGCUUUUAGGUUGAAUAGAUUAAAGAUUAAAAUAGUAAGAUAAUAAGUAUUGCAGAAUCAGAAUCAUUUUAAGUAGAAAAAACACUAAAUGAGGAAGAUUAGGAGGAAUAAAAUUUUGAACAUUUAUCACACUUUGAUCCAGAAGAUUAAUGGUUAAAAAAUGAUAAUAAAUCAAUUAUUGAAUCUAUUGCAUCCAAAAAAAGUGAACAAUCAGAUUUUUCUGCUUUUUCAUAUGCUUAAAUUUAUACUAAUCCAAAUAUUUAAUUUGUAAAAACUAAAACUGAUAUCUUUAUUUAAGAUAAAAUAAUGUAAUAAAUAAUAAAGUAUAUUUCAAUGUUUUCAGAUGAAUUCAAAUAUUAAUUAUAUAAUUAAAGAAGUAAAUCUGCAUAAUUAAGUAAUAAAUAGAUUGAUUAACAUGAAUUUGAUUAUAUGGUUGAUUUCAUCUUAGAUUUAGAUUUGGUUGAUAUCUCCUUUAUUUAUUUGGUUUUAGAUAUUUUAGAAUAAUUCAAAAAUUACAAAUUAUGCAUUUUUGUUUGUAAUAGAUACAAAUUAGCUGAUCAAUUAGGUAGAUAUUUAGUAUCAAUUGCAACCACUUAUUCACCAAUUGCAUUACAAUCAGCUAGUUUAAAUGUUUAAUAUUUAAUUAAUGGAAAAUAAAGAUAAGCCUAAAUUGAUAAAGGUUUAGUUGCAGCAUUUGCAGUUCAUAAUGUUUUUGAAAAUAUUAAUCCAGAAUUUAUAACAUUAAAAUUUAAUGAUACUAAACUUACACCAUAAAAUUCAUUGGGUUUAGAAUGUUAUUCUUAAUUACUUUUAUUAGGAUUUUGGAAAAAGACUGCUUAUUAAAUGGAUGUUUAAAAUUCAUUAUUAGUUUGUAAAUUAUUUAUGGAUUUCAAAAAUUGGAGAUUUAUUUAUUAUAGCAAUUUAACACAUUAAGUUACUAAUAAAAUUGUAGAAAAUGAACAAAAUGAUAGAGAUUUAGCAUAGAUCUUAUAAACAACAUUAAUAUUAAUAUAAAAGAAGCUUGAUAUUUGUUUCUCAACAAUGGUAAGAGGAGUUGAUAUGUUAAUAUUUUCUUAUCCAAAAGAUUAAUAAGAGAUGGAUUUUGCAAUCAUUACUUUAGAGUAAUAUUAUAGUGAAUUAAUUACACAACUUGUUUUAAAUCAAAAGGCUCCCCAAGCUUUAUUUUAUAGAGCUAAUACUUUAGAUACUCAAAAAACUAUUAAAAUUGAAAUAAAUCCAAAGUAGAAUCUACCUAAAAUGUAUUCAUUGAGUGAAGAAGUACUAAAUUGUUUAAUAAAUAAAAUAGAAGUUCCUGAAGAUAUUUUAAAUAAAAUGUCUGAUAUUGUACUUGAUUACAAGAAUUUACAUGAUGAUUUAGAAAUUUAUCAAUCUGUAUUCCUACUUUUAUUUUAUUUCUAAUAUGUUGUACAUAAUUAAGGAUAAGUUAAAACACCAUCUUGGAUCACUUCAUUAGAUGUUAAAACAUAUUCUAAAUUAAUUAGAUCUUUUAGAUUUAUUAAUAAAGUAUUGAAUACAAAUGAAGAUUGUUUAUAAAGGUUAUAAAAGAUAUUUACUAGAAGUGUAUUAUUUUACUUUAAAAUAAGAUAACCAGAUAAUGUUGCUUUACUCAAACCAUAUUGUAAUUCAUUAAUAAUUCAUCGAUCAUCUGUUAUAAUAUAGAGUUUAAUUGAAAAUAGACAUAGUUUAUAAUUAAAAGGAAAUAAAAUUGUUUUAGAUGAUUAUUAUUUUGUAGAUAUUGAUUUUGAAUUCAUUAGUGCCCCAAGAUCUUCUGUGAUGUAUUUGAUCACUAAAAAAUUAAGCAAUGAAUUAAGUUCUGUCAAUUUUUUAAGAAAAAAUAUUUUUAUAGAAUAUCAUUUUGAUCAAUUGUAUCCACAUGAAUAUGAGGAUCAUUUUGAAAAUUUGAGUAUCUAUCUUUAUAACAAGUAAAAGUUAACUUAUUCACUUAAUAAAACUUAAUAAUUAAGAGAAAACACUAAUUUAUCAACAGUAGAUGAUUGGAUUAAGAAGGAAUAAUAAUAAAUAUAUCAAAAAAUAUCAGAAGACUUUAAAAUGAAACAUGGAUUUUAAUUUGAAAAAAUAGAGGAUUAUAUUGAUGUUAAAUUCUUGUUUGAGAAGCAUAAAGGUCCAUUUAAUCAAUAAAUUUAUCUUUUGAAAAAUCCUUAUUUAAAAUGUUUAUCAUCAGAAUCUAGACAUUAUAUAACAAAUUGGGCUUUAAAAAAGAUUAAUAAAUAGUUCAAUGAUUCUUAAACAUUCCAUUGUGCAAUGGUAAAAUUUAUUCUCUUAUUAAAUUAUGCUGAUAAUAAUCACAUCACUUAUUAAUACUUAAAUCAUAAAAUUGAAUAAGGAUAAUGUGAUAAAUAUGAACCUUAUCUUUAAUAUUUAGAAUGUUUAAUAUGUAAAAAGUUUAAUGUUAUAUCUGAUGCAACAGAACUUUACUUUUCCUACCAAGAAGUAAGAUAGGAUUUAAUUACUCCAGAUGAAUAAUAUUGUCAAUUAACAUAUUUAUUUAUAAAUAAUUUAGUUGGAUAUUUACUAAGAACUAAGAAUAAUUGUCAAAUCAAAAUUCCAAAUAGAUACUUUAUUUAUUUUGAUAAGAUUAUUUAAGAAAAUGAAUAGUCAUAUUUAUAUGAAACCAACUUUCAUCCUGUUUAAAAUUAGAAUGCACUAGCAAAAAUAAUAGAAUAAUUGGCAGAAUUAUAAAGAAAUUUACCUUCAAUUUACAGUUUUAAAAUAAUGUUGCUAAUCUACACAUUAGUACUAAACUUAAAUGAUGUUAAAGUAAAUGUAAUAAAUAGUAUUAAUUAAAUCAUCAAUGAUCUAACUAUUUAAGAGGAAGUAGAUUAAUAUAAUUAAAUUAUGAAAGCAGUCAAUUUACCUUAAAAAUAAAGAGCAGAUGUUCUAACUAUUAAUUCAAAUGCUAUCAAAUUAUUCUUUGCAUUAGAUGUUAGAUUGUACUCAUUAAAUGUUGUAAAUAAAUUAACAGAUUAAACUAUUGAACCUGCAUAUUAAAGUUGUUUAGAUGAAUGGUCAAAUUUAUAAAAGAAAAGUGAAAAUUUAGAAAAGUAAACAAAGAAAAUAAUUGCUGCAUUCAAGGAAAAGAAGAAAGUAGAAAAAUUCUUUAAACCUUAUUAAUUUGGAUUAGGUGAGUAUUAAUUGCCAAGGAAACUAAAGACAUCCAAAUAUGUUGAUAUAAUUAAUGAAUUUUCAAGAGUCAGAAAAAUCUUAUUAUCUACAUUUUACUCAAUGUUAUUGACAAAUUCAAUUGAUUUCCACUUUAUUUCUUAAAAAUUGAAACAUCUUGAACAAAAAGAAGAUGAAUUCUAUAGUUUAUGGAGAAAAUACUAUUCUAAAAAGAUGGUUAAAUAAGAAUUCAUUGAUAAUUAUGAUGAAUAAUAUAAGAAUGUUUCAAUAAUAAUUGAUACCUUAUUGGAAUGGCAAAGAAACAAUGUGACAUUUGAAUAAAAUGCUAAUAAAUUACUUGAAAGAAAUAGAAAAUUGUUAGCCUUAAAAUGGAUGAAUAAUAAAGCAGGUCUUGCAUUAUAAAAGAUUCAAAAGAGAAAAAAGGGAUUAAAGAGAUAAAAGUUAUAAGAAUAGAAGAAAUUAUUUAUGAAACUAUUCUGA